AUGACCGGAGCUCUCAAAACCGCAACUGAAAAACUUGCUCAUAAGAGAAAAGCGUCAGGUGCUCUUCUUUCCUAUCUUUGCCCGCUCAGAGUGCUUUUUCCUAACACCGUCCUAUCUCGAGUGGCGUUCGAAUCUCGAAGCAAGCCAACUUGUUACACCCAGAUCUUGAAUGAAAGACGCCCCUACCCGUCGGGAAGAGUCCUGAUGCCAAAUGCCAAGGCCCGCGCGUCAAAUGAACAUAUGUUUUCGGCUUCCGCUUCUUGA